CUACCUUUUGUUCUCUUACUUUCCACUAUGCCUGAACCAGCCAAGUCUGCUCCAGCCCCGAAGAAGGGCUCUAAGAAGGCGGUGACCAAGGCGCAGAAGAAGGACGGCAAAAAGCGCAAGCGCAGCCGCAAGGAGAGCUACUCCGUCUACGUGUACAAGGUGCUGAAGCAGGUCCACCCCGACACAGGGAUCUCCUCCAAGGCGAUGGGCAUCAUGAAUUCGUUCGUCAACGACAUCUUCGAGCGCAUCGCUGGUGAGGCGUCUCGCUUGGCGCAUUACAACAAGCGCUCGACUAUUACCUCUAGGGAGAUUCAGACGGCUGUGCGCCUCCUGCUGCCAGGAGAGCUGGCCAAGCACGCAGUAUCUGAGGGCACCAAGGCCGUCACCAAGUACACCAGCUCCAAGUAAGUUGCCUGUGUAGGCACUGUAAAACACAAAAGGCUCUUUUCAGAGCCACUCACUUUCCAAGAAAGCCAGCUGUUAUGCUUGCCUGGGGUGCAGAUGUGACAUUGCGUGUGAGGGAGGGGAAGUUGAGGGGAUUGUCAAUGGGUGGCGAGAAUUUACAGCCGGGCUCUCUAACCAGUAGGCUUCUUUUAUUCUCCUAUCCCGGGACAGACGAGUUCUCCAGCUCUUUUAAGAUAAUGUGGGUGGCCCUGAAAAGAGCCUUUCGUAGGUGGUAGACAAAGCAGCUAGGCAUAGUAAGUUAUCUCAACCGCCGAAACCAUAGAGGGUGCGCCCCUGGCGCUUGAG